AGGAGAGCAGAACAAACUCCUAACAGGAGGAGACUCACUCAUGGCCUACGAGACAGAGCAUCAGGAGACUCAAUACUGCUUUCCUAACAUCAACUCAUCAUGUGUCAAAGGGAGACGCUAUAGACAUGAAUAUAUCAUCAUGUAUGUGUUCUUUUCACUGCUGUCAGCAUGGACUGUGUUUCUUAACCUGCUGGUGAUCAUCUCCAUCUCACACUUCAAGAAGCUUCACACUCCAACCAACAUGAUUAUUCUCUUUCUGGCUGUAAAUGAUCUGCUUAUUGGACUUAUUGUGUUGCCUGUGGAGGCCAUCAGGCUGAUUGAGAGGUGUUGGUACUUUGGAGAAACUUUUUGUUUUCUGUAUUUAAUAUUAAUUGUGCUUAUUUUCUCUGCAUCUCUCAGUUAUUUAGUUUUAAUUGCUGUUGAUCGUUAUGUGGCUGUGUGUCACCCUUUACUGUACCCACAGAAAAUAACCAUCACUAACAUGUUAAAGAGCAUCUGUCUGAGUUGGGUUUGCUACUCAGCUUAUAACAUCGCCUUUGUAAUUAAUAAUAGAAACUUAAACUCUUCACAAAAAACAGAUGUGUGUUAUGGACAGUGUUUAAUCAUGAUGAGUUUUAGCUGGACAAUCAUUGAUUUGUCCAUUUGUUUUAUUUUUCCCUGUCUCAUAAUGAUCACUUUAUAUUUGAGGAUUUUCUAUGUUGUUCAUCAGCAAGUGAAGGUUAUAAACUCUCUGAUGAAGGGUGCUAAAUGUGAAACGGAGGGUUCAGUGAAGAGGAAAUCUGAGAGUAAAGCUGCUCUGACUUUAGGAAUCAUUGUGUCUGUUUAUCUGCUUUGCUAUAUCCCAUACUAUAUCUGUACUUUACUUGUAAGCUCCUCCACAACUAUAAAUGUUUUAAUGUGGAAUGUACAUGCUAAUUCAGGUCUGAAUCCUCUGGUUUAUGCUAUAUUUUACCCCUGGUUUAAAAAGACAGCUAAACUCAUCUUGACUCUGAAAAUAUUUCAGCCGGCGUCCUCUCUGAUAAAUAUAUUUACAGAAAAUGAAUUGUAACUAAGCUGGUAAAGCUGAUAAUAUUAUCUGUGAUUCCCUUAAUAGUAUUAAAACAAUUACAUAUAAACAUAAGAUCAAAUUUAGGAUAAUAGAACAUAAUUGUUAAUAAUAUCACUGUUUCUUUUGUUUCUAACUACAUUCAUUAUAUUGUGUGUGGGGCAUUGGAGAUGUUGGAGGUAAAUA